CACACUGUCUCAGAUGUCUGUUCAAUCGAGUUACGGUCGUCUUCGGUGUGCGGGCCAGGUACGGUACGGUAGUGUACAGAGACGUGUCCGUCCGAACGGUAAGCAACUCGGGGGGGACCUUCGCCGGCGAUGUACUGUACGGGUAAAGUCGCCUACCAGGAUGGGGGACGGUAUCAUAGGCAGACAGCGGGAGCACCGUUCAUCGAAAUCUCCAAGCGCCCGGAGCGGUAAAAGUACUUGUGCUGCGGGCGGCUCGAGGUGGAGAGGAUUUCCCGGUAGGGUUACGCCCGCCCGCCUGCCCCCCCUGCCAGCACUAAGCAUGACUUGAUCGUUUUGCUAACGGGUUCUCAAUGAAUCCGGCAGGCGCAUUGGCCGAUUUAUCCGUUGGAAUGCUGCAUGACACGAGGUAUCCCGGAUUGUCACGAGAUGAUGGGAAGGGGCAUUUAAACUACCGUAUCGUAAGCGAGGAACCCCAAGUUUCAAAGCUGAGGGAGUGGGCUUUCUGGGGACUAUCUCCCUCAGGAAACUCUGGAGGCAUCUGAUAUUCACCCCUUGGGGCUCCCCCCCCCCUCUCACCGUUCGAGAGUAAGAAGGUGCUGGAAAUUUGAAAAUCGUAACGACCGAUGAUGGGGAAAAUUCCGCUUCAUCGUGAUGGUAGUAUUGGCCCCCCGCUCUCAG